UUGUAGUUAAGUUGCAGGUUAGAAGUUGGAGCUCCAAAUCCUCCCUGUCUCUGUUUCUCUCUCAAAGAAGAAGAAAAUAAACUGAGAAGCCAUUCUCUCUUUCAGACAAUGGCUGCUGGCGUCGAAGAUAUUGAGGUUGGCUUCAAAGAAGCAAAUUCGUGCCUGCCUUCUCAUGUUCUCGAUGAUCAGGCAAUAUGGGAAACCAAGAAAAAGAAGGAUGAUGUGAAGCACAAUUACCAUCGCCAUCGUUCAAAGUUGCCUACUGAGCCCUUUCCACCGCACUCAAAGGGUAGCUCGGGACGGCAUCAGAAACCAAGAUACUCCGGCAACUGGGCAUCAGGAGGUGGAAUGCAGGCUAUUUUCCUAGAUUCUGGUAAAAAAUCAUGCGGGACUGGUGUUUUCCAUCCUCAAACGGUUGGCACUAAUUUUCAGUCAAGUAGAAAACCAGCUUGCUCUCCGGUUCUCCUCCCUUUCCGAGUUGUUCAAGCUCUCAACCUCAAUGUUCAUGAAUUAGGCCGGCAAAUUUCUCCCCGGCGAGAUCUCAAAAAUAACAGUACAAGAAGUGGAGACAAGGGGAAAGAUGUAUCAACAAAGCGUUGGGUGAUUUCCCAAAAUGAAAAUUCUUCGCCAGAGAUAUUUCUUCCCGAGGAAUGGACGUACUAG